AUGUCUCACCCUUUGGAUAUCGAGAUGCCCGACUAUGACAAUGCCUAUGCACUCUUUCAGGCCGAACUCGCCGGUGGAGAUACUGACACUGAAAUGGGCGAAAACUCACCUUCUCCCAACUCCACUGGUGAAUCAAUGGAUCAACCUGACCCUUCGGUGCCACUCUAUAACACCCCUCCACAAACCUUUGAUAUCCCUCUCGCCCAGCAGAUUGACCUCACAAGCGAGCUAACAAGACCAGAUGGACCCGGUCCCAUUUCCGGACCGUUUUUCGACGUCGAUAUUGCCAAAACGUUGGACCUAAUGCUGGAGAGAUAUCAGNAAAAAGGUGAACGCUUUUUCCGCUUGAAGUGGGCCAUCAACUAUCUUUCUCAAGGAUUUUAUCCAGCAUGCAAGUACCGAGGUUGUACAUCUAGAUGCAAAAUCGUCGACCACAACCUCAAAGUCUUGACUUGGAAGAAACUUCAACCUGGUGGUGAAGACCAUCUGCGCUAUGUGAUUACUGACAAAGAGCACGCUGUUUUCCUCUGUGUAUCCUGCAGUCACGAAAACUUUAUGCCGUCGUUCAUGUGGAAGACCAGAGUGGUUGGAUUUAUGGCUGACCCUGUGGUCGAGACAAAGACGUACGAGCGUUGGGCGACUCCCGAGUUCUUCUUCAACAGAGCCAGAGAUUCUGAUGUUUUCCCAGGUAUGGUUAGUGGUCCUAUUCUUUCCAGACGCGAGAGGCGUGUUCAGCGCAGAACUUCUAUCUAA